AUGUACGAAGGGAUUGACAACCUGAAAUCCCUUUACGACCGUGCCGGGAAGACUUUCUCCGGCGGUCCUUCUGCGGCACAGGAUGUGUCGCGUCGUACUGCUCGACCAGACCCAGUACGUCAACCAUCAAUUGGGAGCGGGGCUCCCAAGAAUCCCAGGACGGGGGAUAGCCGCGCCACCGGACGAGGUAACUCGUCCGACGUCCGUUCACGUCGCGGUGGUUCAACAGCUGCUCAACUAGAUAGCGCUGGCCACCGCGAGAGUCCUCUAAUGGAGGUGGAGGAGGAGGAAAGACGCUCUCCACACGAUCAUGUGGAUCGGUGUGUUCCCGAGAGCAUCUUUGAUCGCGUAACGCAAGGGUUACGCGACGAUCUCGAGCAUGAGCGGAAUAGGCGUCUCCAGAUGUUGGACACUGCCUCGAAGCAUCGAGCUGAGUUUGCCUUUGCUCAGCUUGAGAACGAGAGAUCUCUGACAUCUCUUCGUGACGAGCUAAGGGUAGCUCGUGGGAUUGUUGAUCGGUCUCGGGCUGAGAUAACUGCUCUUCAGACCCUUGUUGAUGCCCACCAUCGGGAGCACAAGGCUCUCUGCGAGAUGCUUGAGCGCAAGGGCGUUCUUCAUCGGAAGAAGCAGCGUACUGAUGGUACGGCUUAA